AACCCUAAAUAGAAUAUAAAUAAAUAAAUCUUCUUAAUAAUAAUAUUAACAACAACAACAACAACAAACAAUAACCCACCUAUCAAAUCCAUAUCCCCUUUCUCUCAAUCCAUUUAUUCUCUCAUCAUCAUUCAACUCUAGAGAAAGAGAGAGAGACAAACACAAACACAAUGUCGUCAAUUCCACUUUCUGGUGGUGGUGGCGGCUCAUCGGCCACUAAUAACGAUACCGAAAUUCGCGGUAAAGGCAUCAUGUUGUUUGGCGUUAGAUUGAUGGAAGGCGGCUGUGGCGGCGGCGGCAGCGGAGGAUUUUCUUUUCGAAAAAGUGCUAGUAUGAAUAAUCUAGCUCAAUUUGAUGAACAACCACAGGAGGAAUCUAUUAAUCCUGAUGCUCCCGGAUAUGCCUCUGACGAUGUUGUUCAUCCCUCAGCUCGUAGUCGCGAGCGAAAACGAGGAGUGCCUUGGACUGAAGAGGAACAUCGUUUGUUUUUAGUGGGAUUACAAAAGGUAGGGAAAGGUGAUUGGAGAGGGAUUUCACGAAACUUCGUGAAAACACGAACGCCAACUCAGGUGGCGAGUCAUGCUCAAAAGUAUUUUCUCCGGCGAACCAACCAUAACAGGCGUCGCCGGAGAUCUAGUUUAUUCGACAUUACCACUGAUACGCAUAUGAACUCGACAAUGGAUGACGAUCAAAAGCCACCACCAAAUCCAAAACAUGAUCCAGAAAAGUACCCGAUAUCAUCUUUUCCAACGAGGCUUGAAAGCCUUACACUCGGACUUGCACCCACAACUAAACUAGUACCCAAGACCAUGGGAAAUAAUCUUAUGCCCCCUAUUCCGCCGCCUAUACCCCCAUCCUCAAAAAUGGCUAAGCUCACUUUAAACUCAUCCACAGAUCAUGACCACCUCGACCAACCGAUUCCCUUAACACUAAAUCUCUCAACCUCCACACCAUCAACAUCUUCUGACCAACAAUCAUCACCAUCCUCGUCUACCAGGAAUACGGUGGGUACUUAUCAAGAUAUGUCAGGUAGCUUCAAUAGUAGCAAUGGGGAAAGUAUAAUUAGUGUUGCAUGAUGAUAUUAUUAGUUGGAAUGUUGUGAUUAAUGACAUGUAAGUGUUGGUGUUUGUAAAUUAUGGUCUUGGAGAGAAAGAGAGAGAUAUUUCAUUAUAUGAAUUAAGUUUGGAUUAGGUAGCUAGAUAUGAUGUUAGCUAAUUACAAGAUUAAGUAGGUCUACUCAAUGAAAUAUUUCUAUAUAAAGUUAAUUUUUUCUUGUUUUUGAGAAGGUUGAAAACAUUUUGUUGAUUUAUAUAAAUAUGUAAAAGAGAUGUGACAUUUGAA